GGAACUUGAUGGCUGCAGAUUAGGACGUAACAGGAAUUUCCUAAAACCGCCCUUUCAAUUAUAAGUACCGGCAAACCUCAAUCACAAGCCACUCAGAGUGAGAGGAUUAUAAGCUGGUGUUGGUACGCUCAGAGUGGACUUCAUAUUUCUUUGUUUAUAUUUUCUUUGGUUUGGAAGUAUCUGAGUAAAGAAGAAAAGCCUUCGGUUAAGCAUGUCUCUACAUCAGGUCAUUUGGCCCUGGACCAGACUGUAAAAUGCAAAUUGGUGUGUUCAGCAGAAGUCAUGAGAUAAGGCACAUUUUAGUUUCUUUAUUACACCAGUGACAGCUCUCUCUCUAAGAAGAACAUUUGGAUAAAUCUCCAUACUGUGAAGAAGCUGUACAGCUGCAGUCAUGGGUGAAUGGGGCUUCCUCAGUGGGCUCUUCGACAGCCUCCAGGCUCACUCGCCUAUGCUUGGUCGUUUCUGGCUCUUAAUCAUGCUUGUCUUUCGUAUUUUGAUUCUUGGAACUGUAGCCAGCGAUCUGUUUGAAGAUGAGCAAGAAGAGUUUGCCUGUAACACCCUCCAGCCGGGCUGCAAACAGGUCUGCUAUGACAUGGCCUUUCCCAUAUCCCAGUACAGAUUCUGGGUGUUUCACAUCGUCCUCAUCGCCACUCCAUCUCUGGUUUUCGUCAUGUAUGCCGUGCAUCACAACAACAAGAGGAAAAGCUGCUCCAAAAAUAGUCAGAAUGGCAGCCUGGAUGCCAGAGAAGAACUUCAUUUCAGGAGGUUUUACAUUGUUAAUGUGGCCUUCAGAAUACUGGCAGAGGUUGGGUUUCUUGUUGGGCAGUGGUAUCUGUACGGCUUUAAGGUGGAGGCCCAGUUCCCCUGCAGCCGCUUCCCCUGCCCCUACACAGUGGACUGCUUCACCUCCCGUCCUGCUGAGAAAACAGUUUUCCUCUGCUUCUACUUCAUCGUAGGGGUGAUAGCAGCCAUUUCCAGCUGUGCAGAGCUCCUCUACGGCUCCAUGAAGUGGUUCUGCUCAAGGCAUCCACCCCACUACCAGGAGCGGUACUGCAUCUGUGAGAACAUGCAGAACUUAAAGCAAGAUGAAGCGGGACAGGAUGAGAAACCACAAGGGAAGGAAGUGCCGGGGAGUUUGACCAGCAGUAUGAGGAUGAAGAGGGGGUCGCUGAGGAGCAGUGCGAGCAGGAAGGUCUCCAGCAUCGGACACAAGCCCAGAGGGAAGUAUGUGAGCAGCAAGACCCUCAUGGUUUAAGUGGGGGUCCAAUAAAACAAGCUUUUAUCAGUGACUUUUAACUAAUUCCCAUUAGAUUGUGAGUGACAGAAGUUUAUUUUAAGAAUGACAUGAUUUGUAGGGACUGGGAGACCAGGAAAUGAGCCGAGAUAAGACAGGACUCAAGGCUUUGAUACACAAAAUGUACUGUUGACUUGUUUGGCUCUUAUAUCAUCACAGACCACAAUUAAUCCAGGAAGGGAUAAGACUUUGGGUUUCUCUUGAUAAACUGAUGGCAUUUUUGUUUCCAAGAGAUGGUCCAACACCCUUUGAAAGACAAAAAUCCUCCUCAAACAAACACUCAAGGAGGGUCGCAGUGAUUUACUGGCUUUUAAAAGUGAAAUCAACAUCCUUAAAUAAAGGUGACAGUUGAAAUAAAUGGAGCUAAAUCUCUCGUGCCUUUAAAGUGAAUAUGUUUCUACAUUAGAUAUCUACAUAUUGAUUCCGCCUUGGCUGCUAGCGUUCAUUUGAGAAAUUCCGUCACAACCUUGUAUCAGGUAAAGAUUUUUAGUAUGCAAACCUGCUUUUUUCAUUGUAUCAAGGAUCCUGGAUCAUAAAUGCAUAUCUGAUGUUGGUGACAAAGAAAAUGGCUUAAAAGUUGGUUCAAUUUCACUGAAUUACGAGCAUUUUAAUCAUGGUGACUUUUUUUUGCAUUCAUUGUCAGCUACGACUGCACCUCUUGCAUAUGGUGCCCUUGUGACACAUCUCAGAAGCCUAAUGCAGCAUCUCAGUAUAGAUAUCUAUGUGUAGCUACCACCAAAGAUGGUCAGCAUACCCUAGACAAAGACUGAAAGCAGAUAGUGUUUGUCAAAAAUAUAAAUCAUUUAAGUUAGAUUUCAACAGUAUUUCUUGGGCAGAUAAGAUGACUUUCUUUGGUUAGCUAUCUUAACUCCCAAGCAAAUUUUAAGAAUCUGUGUUAACUAAGCAAUAAAUGCACUACAAAGUAAUGUGCUUCUCUACUCAGAUAACUUAUUUGUUGUAAGAGUAUGUAACACAUUAGAUCCAAGUAAUGCUCUAUUUAAGUUUCUUUUACUGUAAAAGUAAUCUGUUACUGGAGCGAAACCACCAUUAGCAAACUACAAUCCAUCCAAUGCGCUGUUUCUGUUUCUCUCCUCCUUAUGUGUGCCUCACUGCCCACCAGCAGCAAAUGCAGUUUUAUCAGUGCGUGCAUGUGUUCAGCUGACUGAACUAGAGAACUGACAGAGGACUGUGUUGGACAGGGAAUUAUCCCCAUUAUGCUGAGUUUCUGGACAAAAGGGACAAUAUCUUUUCAGAAUCAAAGUUCAAAAUGUCUGAGAAUAUAAAUCUCUUGUCUGAUUUCACUCAACAAAUCUUAAACCACAAAUGCCACAGUAUCCCACAGAUAUCUUAUUCCUGUGUAUAUAUGUAUGUACAUAUGUAUUAAUUAUUUUUGCUUUUGGAGGUAACAACAUACACUAUUAGUCUUGUAAUUUGAUUUCUAAUGACUUUUAGAGAAGAUGCCUUGAUAAACAAUUUCACAAUUCCUAGUACUAACAAAAGCAAAUGUGCCAUGCAAAGAGAGCUACAAGCAGCCUGUAUCACGAUGUGAAAAAUUUAUCAAAGUAGAAUUCUUGCCUCUGUCACACAGCCAAUCAAAGUUUAGAUUUUGGGGCAGCCAAUCAGAUUUCAAGGUUAGUUACGGCCAUGUCCUAGACAUGCUCCUGAUCUGCUGCAGGUUGAAGCUCCAAACUUAGCUGACUUUGGAACCAAUAUGAAUAUGAUUUUAAGCAAAUGUAUCAUUAACGUGAUCUGUUUUUUAAAUGGUGUCAGCUGGCCUGGCAUGCAAGACAAAGGAGGAGUAAAGUAGGUUUUAUAGCGAGGAUUGUACCAAACAGUUAUAUUUAAGUCAGUAGUCUAAAUGUGGCGUCCAGCCUAUGUUUUCACAGUUUAAAAAAAUUGUGCUGGUUUUAUACAAUAUCUGAAAUAGUGGAAAAACCAUGAUUUGAAGGUAUGUUGACACUUUUAUUUUCACAAACUACAUAUUUAUUUUUUCAGCUAAUCAUAGUGUGAGGGUAGAUUUUCAAAAUCAAGAAGCUGAAAUCAGAGUAAUAUGGGGUUUUCUUUGCUAAAAGAUCGCUCUAAGCAGUUUACCAUUCAUUAGAAAAGGUUGGUGAUUCACACAUAACUGAUAAAUGCUUUUUUUUUCAAAAGCGAUAUUUGUACAAUGAUUAGCUAAUAUCAGUGUAAUUAAUGGUGAGACCUACAUUUAUCAGAGUUGUCAUUUUAUCCUUUGUCCCUUUAUUUCCUCUUAAAUAAUCCCUCCUUUAUAGACUUUAUAGAUGUUGUAACUAAAGCUUAUUAACAGCUUUAAGUCUUGUUAAAGGGCUGCAGAGUGUGCAGACCAAAUUCCACUAAAAAAGCUGCUCUUUCAAUAAUUCAGUUACUGAAUUAUGACCUCACAGAACAGCUUUACACUGGCCAAAGUGUCAAUUUUGCAACCUAAACGUCGAUCCUAUGAGCUGCUUAUAACUGAUCUAUAAAGUCUAUGUAAAUGAUUGCCAAUCCAUAAAUACAAUUUGUAGCUGUAACUCCCUUUAAAGGAUACUUUAUCAAAAAAAAAAAUGGGGAGGUUCCACAUGGAUUUUAGACAUAUAUGACAAACUUAAAAUAAAUGCUACUAUAGGAUCAAAUAUAUUACAGAGCAGUGGUUCUCAACUGGUGGUUCAGGACACACAAGUGGGUUACAAGAAAAUGAUUAGCAGUCAAGCUUGACACGUGUGGACACACAUGUGUUGCUCAGCAGCCAAGGUCAAGGGCCUUUUCACCCUGGUGAUAUGCUUGGAAACUUCUGGUGGUUUUCAGGGCCUUGGGGCAUCCAUAGCAUGACCAGGGGCUCCUGGCAACCCUCUACCUGCCCAGCUGUACCUUAGGCCAUGCUUAGUCACCUCAACCAUCCCUUACUUUGCCCUAAAGUUGUGGACUUUAUUUUUUUUAACAGAUUACCCUCCUGUGCCCCUGGUAACACGCAAGGACAUCCAGAGUACAACCAGGGUUGUGUCAAUCCUCCACCUGUCUGAUGGUGCCUUCAGGGGGCUUACUCGCCACAUCUAUGCCUUAAUCCAGCCUCAACUUUUGACCCAGACAUGUUUAAAAGUUGUGCACAGCACUGUACACACAUUUCAAUUCUGUUUUGCCAUGAGAAUGAGCACAUUUUUGUCAUUUUCCCAAGUUUUAAACAUACUUAAAAUCUCUUGAAAACAAAUUAAAUGUAGAUGUUUUCAUGUAUCAUGUAUCAAGUUUUUCUGCUUUAAAACAUGUUAGCUUUGUCUGGACUCCUUUUUCAGUCACAUUUGGUAAAACUUUUCUGAAAUUAUGGCAGUGAUUUCCCAUUAAGGAGGAGUUGGUGGGUCCUGAAGCUUGACCAGUUGAAAACCAAUGUUGCAGAGUAUGAUGUUUUUUUUUUUUUUUCUCCAAACAUCCAUCAUAUUGUGACCUUGGCCAGGUAGUGUGUGUUUCUUUACAGUUUAGUUAAAAUGAGAAACAUCUGAGUGAGUUCAUGUGACGGAAACUGUAUUUCACAGCUUUGUGCUUCAUCUGUCUGGCACGCAGCUUGACUGGUUGUUCUGGUUUUUUUCUUUAACACCAUCAUAAAUGAAUGAAAGAUUAAAAGAGACACUUUGUGAACUCAUGAACCUCUUAUGAGGAGAGUAUCUUUUAUUUUGGUCUUUGAAUUCUUUUAGUAUUGACAGUGUUCAUAAAUUUCACUAUUAAUAUCAAUAAUUUUGUUUCAGUGUUGUUGGGUAAGUAGACUGUCACACAGGAUGCGAUCAGUUUCAUUUCCAACACUGUUUGUUUGGUUUUAGGGAUAUUUCUAAGUUGAUUCAAAUUGUGAUCCCCUCAGACAAGCUGAGUGGCAUUUUUGUGGUUUGUGGUGGCUGUUAAAUAUGAGCUACUUGUCUCUUUCUCUUCCCUGUAUGCAAAGAUUACAUUUUAUUUCCUCUUUGAUUUUCUAUUUUUACAAUCAUACCAGACAUGUCUACUUAUAUAAAAAACAUAACAUCCUUAAAUGUUUUAUAGUCACUGCAGUGAGAAUUUCCUAACCCAGCUACGUGAAUACAUGUUUAAAAUGUUCAAAAACCUAAACUAUUUCUCUGUCCUUGUUUGUUUUUUGCAAUGUGUAAAUUAACAGGACUUUAAGAUGACUGUGCAUCUGAUUGUCCAGCGUUUAUACAAUCAUACAGCCUGCAUGAAAACACAAAAUACAUCUACUGUAGCUCUGUUAUUGUCUAAGAGAAAAUUCUCUGUGCCUUUAUUAAAGAAAUAACGCUCUGAUAAGAUUCAUCUGAUUUUCUUGCUGCCUCCUGCUUCACCUGCAGAGCAGAAACAU